AUGACCGCGCCCGCGGCCAGCCACCCCCGGCAGCGGCUGAGCCGGCAGCGGGUGGUCGUUGCAGGCCUCGCAGGGCUGGUGGUGCCGGCCUGUCCCGGCUCCGUCCCCUGCUCGGGGCGCAGGAAGCCGGCAGCGGUCGGCAGGCUCUUACCUAGCCAGCUCCCCUUUCCUCUCGGCAGCUCCAUGUAUUACGAUGAGGAUGGGGACCUCGCCCACGAGUUCUACGAGGAGACAAUCGUUACCAAGAAUGGGAGGAAGCGCGCCAAGCUGAAGAGGAUCCACAAGAACCUGAUACCUCAGGGCAUAGUGAAACUAGAGCACCCUCGCAUUCACGUGGAUUUCCCGGUGAUCAUCUGCGAGGUGUGAGUUACCAGACGUUGCUGCCCGCGGGCGGGAGGCCCUGCCCCACCGCUCCUAGCCUCACCAGGCGAGGCUGCGUCGUGUUCCCACCUGAGGAGGACUCUGGGCGCGCAGCGGGGACGGCGGCUCUCCCCUCGCCUGGAGGUGAGGCAGGACGGAGCAGGCUGGGCUAGGCUUGGCUAGCGCUCCUCGCAGGAGAUGGGUGACCUCGUGCAACGACUGCUUAAAAAUAUCCUCGCUUGAGUCAGAAGACUAAAAUACCUUUUGUAGCCUCUAGCCGACGUUUGAUGGGUAACUGGAACUGCAAACGAGCUGCUGUGUUUGAGCUGUUAAAGGGAGAGCGAGCCUGCACUUCUCGCCAGAGAAAAUCCCCUGCUUCUCAGGUAUGCGGCCCAGAGAGAGCCAGGACAAGGUAAUGCGCUGCCCGGGGCCCCGAGGUCCCUCAGGCCCGGUGGUUAGAUGGCCAGUGUUGCAGUGUGUCGCUUGACGUGGGUGUUAUGUGAUGCUCCCCUGGAUGGGUCUGUUGAUGGAGGAUAAACGGGGCAGGCCGAGGGUGGCCGGUCUUGAAGCACAUCCGGCUGGCUGCUGCGCUCCUCUUGGGAAGGGGAUGGAGAUCAGAUGCCUCUAUCUUGGACCUCGGUCUCUUCCCCCUGUGCGUUUCCCUGCUUAUGCCGGCUCUGGGGAGGUUGGCUUUGCUGCUGCCUGCAGUCUCUCUGCCCGCAGGAGAUCUCUGCGGUCUGUGGCCGCUGCUGGCAGCAGCGAGGUCCCCAGCUCUGCAGCGGACUUGCCUCCCCCGUUAGCAAGCUGGCUCCUGCUGAGUGCCGUCCUUCGCCCGCUGUGGGGUCGGGCUGCUGGGCAAGACAUCUCCUCGUAACGUCCUUGCCCCUGGUGCCGUCUUGAACGUACCUCCUGGUGGGGUGGGCCUGGACAGAGCCAAGCAGGAAGGAAAUCAUCUCUUUGCUCCCCGUCCCCCUAAAACAAUCGAUCGGUGUGCCUGCCCUGGCUUGGAAAUCUCCCUGGCGAUGUGAACUAUGGUUCCUCCCAUGUCCCAGCCGGUGGCAGGAGGAGAGAUGUGAUGCACUUUAAAGGGAGGCUUUCUGCUCCGUCUCGGAAGGUCUUGCUCUUUUCUCCUCUUUCCUCCCGCUUGAGAAGGUUGAGGUCGCCUUGGCAGCACCAAAAAACCUCUCACCCCUGCGUGCAGGCCCUGGGGUGCCGAGCCAGCUGCUGCAGGGCCAGGGAAAGGCCUGACUCGUACCGCCCCUUGCCAGCGCUGGGAUCCACUGCCUCCCUGCUUGACUGCCCCCCGGGGCGGGCAGGCGGAGGAGGACCGGCCAUGGGGCAGCAGGCACAGCUUUAAACUGGGUCAGAGCCUGCUCCCCGCAGCAGCCAGCUCGGCUUUCCUCCUCUUUCGUUCCAGAACUUACUUUCUAAGCACUUCAGACGUUUGCUACCUCGAUUUUUAAUUUAAGCUGCUGGCACUUGGCUGCCAGCCCUGUCAACAUCUACGUUGGAUGUAUCCAUCCCCUUGCCCGCUGAGAGCCGCCCGGGCGUGGGGCCACAUUCUCAGCUUCAGGGAGAUAACAGCGGCGUGGCUGUUGCCGUCUUCCUGUCACCACCUCUUCCCUCCGCGUCCCCCCUCUUCCCUCCGCGUCCCCCCACCCGCUGUUCCCAUCAACAGGAGCGAGCACGAAGGGUGAAGCGGAUGUUCUGGCUGCCACUGGGCAGGGAAGCAGGAGGGCAAGGCUCCGGCAGGGAGCCCGUCUACACUGUGAUGCUGGGCGCUUCUUUUGACAUCUUUUGUUCUCCUGCUUGCUUGAAAGAGUCUUGUCUUAAAACAAUCCCCCACUGAAGUGUUUCUUAUUUGCACCACCUGCUCUCGAGUUUCUCCCGGGCUGGAUCUCCCCGGGAAGGGCAUCCCUCGGGCUCCGCAGGAGAGCAGGAGCUGCUGCCCCCAGGAAGAGGAGAGAAAGCCGUGGCCGGGCUGUCUGUGCCACCUUGCCCCACUGCUGUCUGAGGGCGCGGGAAGCUGCACCAAACCCGCCUUGGGCACGGGGGGGAGGCGGAGGAGGAGCGGGGAGGGGGCCGGUGCCGUUUUCCUCCCCAACAGGGAGCCCCUCGCCUGGCUACCGGCCAAAAAUCUGCUGACAAGGCAAGGCUGGAACCCCGGGGGGGGCAGAGACUGAGACCGGCUUAGCAAGGAUGCUUUUGUCCUCCCUGACAGGCUGCCCACCCUUCCCCCAGGGUGUCAAACAUGCUUCCCCCCAAAAAACACACUUCCUCCCACCCCUUCCACCCCCCUCUGUGUCACCAGAGCAGCAGCGAACCUCCGCAGGCUGCCAACAAGCCGCGUCCUGCCCCACUUCUUCCCAGGCUGGUCCCCCAAGCAGCCAGCCCGCCGGGCCCCCUCCCCUCCCCUGGCCUCCAGCCCUCCUGCAGCAGCAGGGCCUUGGGAGCACCUGGAGGGAUCUUAAAAAUGUGAAGGUCGCUGUAAAUAGUAUCUGUGUCCACUGUGGUGUUGGAGCAAGCAAAAAAAAAAAAAAGGAAAGUUUUCCUCUCAAUUUUUUUUUUUUUUUAAACGAUUUCUGUGCGAUGUCGUGCUUUCCCUUGUAGAUGUAUAGCUGAACCAUACUCACUCACACUAGGCUCCUUGCUCCUCUAGCGUGCGGGUAGGACCCGUGGGUUUGGGAAACGUACACUAUUUAUGGUCCUUCCUCCCAGUGCAUCUGUCCACUUUUGUUAAAUUUCAAUAAAAUUAUUUGUAGAGCC